ACUAUAGAUCACACGUAAUACAUGAGAGUCAUUCAUUUGAGUGAGAAUCUCAAAGCAGUUGAGUAGGCAGAAGAAGGAACCUCUUCAUUAAGGAUUAAAAUGUAUAGGCCAGCACGUGUACCAUCGACUUCAAGAUUUCUGAAUCCAUAUGUCGUAUGUUUCAUUGUCGUCGCAGGGGUAGUGAUCCUGGCAGUGACCAUAGCUCUACUUGUUUACUUUUUAGCUUUUGAUCAAAAAUCUUACUUUUACAGGAGUAGUUUUCAACUCCUAAAUGUUGAAUAUAAUAGUCAGUUAAAUUCACCAGCUACACAGGAAUACAGGACUUUGAGUGGAAGAAUUGAAUCUCUGAUUACUAGAACAUUCAAAGAAUCAAAUUUAAGAAACCAGUUUAUGAGAGCUCAUGUUGUCAGACUGAGUCAAGAUGGUAGUGGUGUGAGAGCGGAUGUUGUCAUGAAAUUUCGAUUCACUAGAAAUAACAAUGGAGCAUCAAUGAAAAGCAGAAUUGAGUCUGUUUUACAACAAAUGCUGAAUAACUCUGGAAAUUUGGAAAUAAACUCUUCAACUGAGAUAACAUCACUUACUGACCAGGCUGCAGCAAAUUGGCUUAUUAAUGAAUGUGGGGCCGGUCCAGACCUAAUAACAUUGUCUGAGCAGAGAAUCAUUGGAGGCACUGAGGCUGAGGAGGGAAGCUGGCCGUGGCAAGUCAGUCUACGGCUAAAUAAUGCCCACCACUGUGGAGGCAGCCUGAUCAGUAACACGUGGAUCCUGACAGCAGCUCACUGCUUCAGAAGCAACUCCAAUCCUCGUGAAUGGAUUGCCACCUUUGGUAUUUCCACAAGAAAUCCUAGACUAAGAAUGAGAGUAAGAAGUAUUUUAAUUCAUAACAAUUAUAUAUCUGCAACUCAUGAAAAUGACAUUGCACUCGUGAGACUUGAGAACAGUGUCACCUUUACCAGAGACAUCCAUAGUGUGUGUCUCCCAGCUGCUACCCAGAAUAUUCCACUUGGCUCUACUGCUUAUGUAACAGGAUGGGGUGCUCAAGAAUAUGCUGGCCCCACAGUUUCAGAGCUAAGGCAAGCACCAGUCAGAAUAAUAAGUAAUGAUGUAUGUAAUGCACCAUAUAGUUAUAAUGGAGGCAUCUUGCCCGGAAUGCUAUGUGCUGGAGUACCUCAAGGUGGAGUGGAUGCAUGUCAGGGUGACUCUGGUGGCCCCCUAGUACAGGAAGACUCACGGCGGCUUUGGUUUCUUGUGGGGAUAGUAAGCUGGGGAGAUCAGUGUGGCCUGCCAGAUAGGCCAGGAGUGUAUACCCGAGUGACAACCUACCGAGACUGGAUUAGGCAACGAACUGGGAUCUAGUGCACCAAGUGCAUCCCUGUUGCAAAGUCUGUAUGCGGGUGUGCCUGUCUUAAAUUCCAAAGCUUUACAUUUCAACCGAAAAAGAAACUGGAAAUGUCCUAAUUUAACAACUUGUUACAUAAACAUGGUUUAACAAACACUGUUUAAUCUUUCUUUAUUAUUAAAGGUUUUCUAUUUUCUCCAGAGAACUAUAUGAAUGUUGCAUAGUACUGUGGCUGUGUAACAGAAAAAACACACUAAACUCACUACAAAGUGAACAAUUUCAUUACAGUUGCGCUAAAUACUAGUAGUGAGAAAAACAGGAACCUUGAGCAUGUAUAGUAGAGGAAUCUGCACAGGUCUAAUGGGUCAGAGGGGUCUUCUCUGAGGGUUUCACUGAGGAUGAGAAGCAAGCAAAAUGUGGAAACAUGCAAAGGAAAAAGUGAUGGAAUAAUAUUCAGGACAAAAAGAACAGUAUGAGGCAAGAGAAAUAAUAUGUAUUUAAAAUAUUUGGUUACUCAAUAUCUUAUAGUCAGUAUGAGUCCUAAAAUUAAAAAUGUGAAACUGUUGUACUAUAUAUAACCUAAUCUUAAUUAUUCUGUACGAACAUGCUCCCAUAGGAAUUAGUGGAUAAUUUUCAGCUAUUUAAGGCAAAAGGUAAAAUAGUUCACUCCUCAACUGAGACCCAAAUAAUUGUAGAUAUUUUUCAUGAUGACCCAUGAAAAAUAUCCUUCAUCUACCUAACGGAGAGACUAUAUCUACUUUACAGAGAAGUUAAGAAAUAUACCUACACAACCUUCUCAGGUGCUUUACAAAUACAUAGUACUUUUUAACAACAAAAUAAUAAUAUUUUUAAGAAUGAAAAAUUUAAUCAUCAGGAAGAAUUUCCCACUACAGACUUCCUAUCACUGGCAGUUAUAUUUUUGAGAGUAAAAUGGUCUUCAAAUGCUAAAUCUAAGUAAUGAAUUGAAAGUUUAAAGAGGGAGAAGAGUUGGUUUGCAAAGGAAAAGUUUAAAAGCUUAGUAUCAGUAGAAUGAUCUUGAAGACAGAAAAAACUUUUUCACUCUUCCUCUCUCAUUUUCUCUUUCUCUCUCUCUCUCCCCUUCUCAUAUACAUGCCUCCCCCACCAAAGAAUAUAAUGUAAAUUAAAUCCACUAAAAUGUAAUGGCACAAAAAUCUAUGUAGUCUGAAUCAUUAAUAUUCCUGAGUUUUUAUGAGCUCCUAGUGCAGCUAAAGUUUGCCUAUGCAUGAUCAUCUACGCGUCAGGGCUUCCUCCUUCUAGAAGCUAACUCCCUACAUCUGGACGUCAGGACUGCUCCAUACAUUUGCUGAAAACUUCUUGCAUUUCCUGAUGUAAAAUUGUGAAAAUACCUACGUUAAAGCCAUCUGCUUUAAGGGAAGGGGAGUUGAAAAUGCAACCAACUCUUGGCGAAAUGUACAAAGACAUCUUUGCUAUACUUUAUUUCAAAUAAAUUCUUUCAAAA